AAUAUUACAUGCAAACAAUCCUUUAUGCCUAUUUUCCUAUCUACUUUUGCAAGUCACAUGCCUUGGACCCAACCUAGCUGACCUUAACUGACUUAUGAGGGGGAACUGACUUGCUCUAGCAACCAACCUAGUGGGCCUCACUUAUUUUGGAUCGCCUUGCCUUGCCUAUAAUGGGGACAAGGGAAGAAAAGGGAAAAGGUGCAUGGGCCUGAAGAAAAGGAGAAAUGAAGAAGAGUAAAGGAAGCAUGGUUUGGUUUUCAUUGGCGUCAAAUGGGGAUAGGCUCUCUCUCUAUAAAGGGCAUUGUGCAAACCAUGGCAUUCCUACGGCAAUAUUAGCAACAGGACCAGGCAAAGGAGGUGGUUUGCUGGAAAGGCCAACCAUAGAAAAAACUACUCCUGGUCGUGAAUCUGAAUUUGAUUUGAGGAAAUCUAGGAAAACUGCACCUCCAUAUCGUGUUAUAUUGCACAAUGAUAACUACAACAAACGCGAGUAUGUUGUCCAAGUUCUGAUGAAGGUUAUCCCUGGAAUGACUCUUGAUAAUGCAGUCAAUAUCAUGCAAGAGGCCCAUUAUAAUGGCCUAGCUGUUGUGAUCAUUUGUUCUCAAGCAGAUGCUGAGGAACACUGCAUGCAGCUGAGAGGCAACGGUCUCCUAAGCUCAAUUGAGCCUGCAAGUGGUGGGUGCUGAAAUUAGGUGGUAAGUCAUGUAUGGAUGAAUCCUGUACUAGGUUUGUCAGCUUAUAUGUACAUACACCAUAUGGAUAAUAAUGGUGUUCUUGAAACCAAUUGUACCAUAAGAGAUGUAGCACGCCAAUGUAGAUUGUAUAUAGGAUUAAGUUGUCCUUACUUUUGGGUUGAUAUUCCACCUACUCUCAUAUGGUUGCCAUAUGAACAUAAUAAUAACUUUAUGGCACCUCUAAUGUU